CAGCGAAUGUGCAUACGUUCGCGCUGUUGUGGCAUGCUCUGUCGACUACGACGAAGUUUUUGGAGCCCUAUGCAAUCCUUUCCGAGGGAUGCGCUGAGCUAUGCUUAUGUUUCCAGCGUCCGACGCAGCACCCGACCGACCACAUCUCGCAGUUAGACCGACCAGCAGUCUCCCGUCAGAUGCGCCUGACUUGCCAGUCAGCACGUCUGAUGACAGCCAACGCGACAGAUGCUCAACGGCGGAUGCGAUUGUGAGUGGAUCGCUAUCGCAGUAUCUGCGGAAGCUGCCAGCUCGGCAGCUGAACCAGUGGUUGCGAGAUUCACCAUCGUCGGGCUCGUCGUUGAAGUUGAAGAGCCGAUGUCGCUGCAUCGUGGCGUCAUCACCAAGGACUCGACAAUGGAUGCGGCGGGCGGGGUCUGCGUCACAGCGAGUGAGCAGUAGUGCCGUCGAUGCUGCCUGGCCUUCUUCAUCAGAAGUUGGGGGGCAGCGGAGGUGCUAUGCGCUCGUUCGCUGCCGUAGGUAUGUGCCGCCGGCGAUGUUGCUUGCUCGAGCGGGCAACGGAGGUGGUGCAAGUCUGCGGCAUUGGCAGGACAUGGCAUACUCGUUUCUGAUGCGUCCUAGUAGCUGGGCGCUUUUGGGCGCUCGGCGAACGCGUCCACAUCAGCGCGGAUGUGCUGUGGACUGUCAACAGUGACGCUAAUCUUUGGAACCCACGUCCUCCUCGAAGGUGACUUGCAGUGCAUC